UUCUCCGCCUUCAGACCGUGGGGCGAGUGUGCUAUUCUGCCGUCGCCGCUGAUCUCUCUUCUUCCUCUCUUUUCUAACCACCCUUUCCACAACCUUCACUAUCGCGCUUCUGAGCUUUCGUCGUCUAGACUCCGACAGUUAUUCAUCAUGUCCGACAAAGAAGGCGCUGCUCCUCCCACCGAGCACCUGAACAUCAAGGUGACCGAUAACAACAACGAGGUGUUCUUCAAGAUUAAGCGCACAACGCAGCUGAAAAAGCUCAUGGAUGCCUUCUGCGAGCGCCAGGGCAAGCAAAUGUCCACUGUUCGGUUCCUUUUCGACGGCACCAGGGUUCGCCCCGAAGAUUCGCCCGACACUCUCGAUAUGGCAGAUGGUGAUACCUUGGAGGUGCACCAAGAGCAAAUCGGAGGAGGUUGCUAG